AAUACGUGUGCUAGCUUCUUCCCAUAUUACGACUGUGUUUGGUUUCACGGCUCCCAUGUCUAUUUCAGUACUUUUUACUUCCUUCUGGCUCCUUGCUUAGUUCAUUUCACCUGGUUUGGGAGGCCUAAGAGUGCGCCCCUGCUCAAAUGACAUUAUUUGGAUUUCCUGGUGAAUUAGGGAGGUUUGAGGCUUGACCAGUGAUCUCACAUCAAAAUGGAAUACAGGAUUAAAAGGAAACAAAUAAUCAUUUGAAGAUUUUGGAAGGUGAAUUUGUAAAUGCAAGACACCGUUGAUGGACGACUGAGUGAGACAACUGGCCCCUGAAUCUGUGUUAAGCACUUGAAAUGAGUUUUCUGGAUCACUGCCAUAUGACUCACAAAAGAACGAUGCAGAAGCACCACAAAUAUACAGAUGGCUUUAGUGACAUGUCAAGCAUUGGAAGUUUUAUGGAUGAUACCGACAGAGAAGUUAGCAAUCUGACAGACCGUGCAUUUAGAAGUUUAUGUAUUGGGGAAGAAGCCAUUUAUAAUGACUCAGAUUUUGCUGUCUCUCCACUUGAACGCAGCUUGGCUUUUAUUGAUAAUGCACAAAACCCAGAUAUCCUGAAAAAAGAAAGCCAUACCAUUAGAAUUAAAUCUAAAGAAGUGGAAGAAAAAUCUGAAGUUGCUGUAACAUUCCAGAAGUCAGUCAGGCACAGUUCCAAACAAGCAGAAAAUGGCUUCAAAAAUGAUAUAGCAACUCAUUUGAGCAAUGGUGUUAUUGGGGCAAGCUGUAGACCAAAAAAGAACAUCUCAAACGUAUCUUCCCUGAUUAACGCAUCUGAUACAGUAGAAAAUGACGGUGACAGUAGCAUAAAUCUGGGCAACAAACAAUGCAUUCUAGCAGCUACUAAAAAUGAUAGAAUGCAUAAAGAAAGUGACUUUGCAUCAUGGGAUAAGUCUGCCCUGUUGAGUAUUGAGAAAGAAUUAUCUGAAUUCUCUCUUGCCUAUCAGCAAAACUAUAUGUUAAGUAAGAAAUCUGAUGAAGAUAAUAGAAAGAAAACAAUUGAUAAUUUACUCCCAGGCAGAAACAAUUUGCAAUCUUCUAACAUGAUAAUAACUCAUAAGUCCAACGUGGACCCAAAUAAUCCUCCUGCUAUACCUACUAAAAACAAAACUAGCAAUACUAGUAAAGGGAAAAGGUUGAGCUUCAGGAAUUGUUUUCUCCAUAGUGAAUACAGUCCAUUCAGAUCAUGGAAAGAUUAUAAUGAAUUUCCAUUUGAGAAAGAAGAAGUGGAACUUUUGCCAACAAAUGGAAUCCCUAAAUGGUACGACUCUCCUGAUUACAAAGAACUUACAGCAGCACAUAGAAAUAGAACCCUGCCAAUUGAGGACAGGAAAAUGCGAAAACACCAAAAAGAUGAUGUUUCUCUCACAGGAAGUGCAUCAUCUUCUCUUUUGCAAGAAGCCUCCAUGUUUGAGAAAAUAAGUGAAUCGGAAAUGGGGAGUACAUGUCCCCCGUGGAGAAGAACUAGAAACACGAUUAAAAACAAACUGCCCCUUCCCCAUCCCUGUACUGUUUCACCAUUUAGUGAAAAAUCUAGUAGAAAAGAAGACAGUAAUUUUUCUUUCACAAAGCCAACAUCAACCCUCCAAAAAGUACGCACAGUUGUGGAUGGACAAAUACCGAGCAUUGAAACACCCUCGUUCAACAUUUCCAAACUCCUGACACCAGUUAUUCAUGCUAGACAAGAUACGGAAACAUCUGAGAUCCUACAAUGUGUGUUAUCUCCACCAACCACUGACUUAACAACUUCACAUGAAAAUGAAUUUAAAGCUGUUGCUGAGAGCAAAUUACGUGACAGUUAUAAAUCUAUGGCUUCAAGCUUGUUAUUUAAUCUUAAAGAUAACAGGAAAAGAGUAAAAAGCACUUAUAGCCCAUCUGCCUUUCGAAGCCACGAAGUACAAGACCGAAGUAAACAGACCUCAAACCAAGAGGUAAUUCCAAAAAAUGUGCCGUUUACCUCAGACCCUCCUGCUAACUCUUCUACACAACUACAAAGGACAGACAUCUCCCCUAGCAUCGCCUCAACUUUGCAAACAUUGAACACACAAGUCGCUGACAAUAAAGAAGCUGCUGUUUGUAUCUCAGAUGACUAUUUGACUUUAAGUUCACCUCAAACCAUAAAAGAGGCUGCUAAUUACAAAGGCCUCAGUCAUGUAAUUCGGGAAGGUGCAGUACAUAAAACUAAAUCUGUUGAAAGCGAAAGUAGUAUAAACAAUGAUUUAGAUAUGAUGCCUUGCCCCAGAUCAAGUGAAGUCACCUUGCGAAAGAGACCAGACUACCCCUCUUUAAAACUGUACAAGAAAGAGGAUAUUGUGAAGGAAGAAACCAAAGAAAUACCAGCAUCAAUAAAGAACCCUCCACAGUCUAGUUCACCACAAGAGAAUGAUAAUGUUGAAAAGCAUACUGCCAUCCAAAAUAUUAGCAGUUUCCACAAGACAAGGACAACCCCUAGCUUUCCCUUGCAGGAAAGCAGUGUGAAGCACAACCCUGGUGUUUCAUGUAAAGGAAGUACAGGUGGUAGAACAAAGCCUUCUAAACAAUCAUAUUUAUCAUUAAAAGGUCACCAUCAAAAUGAUUUGGAUUACAACUUGAAUGAAGAGUUAGCUUUGAGGAAUGGAAAUGGUAGUGAUGAAAAGGUUAAAAAUACUGCAGAGGAGACAAAGAAAGACAUUGAAAAUACGGAGUUGCAGUAUUAUGCACUAAGUAACCAUGAAAGUAAGAGAGAAAGUGAAGCUGAGAGCCACCCGUCACCUAUGAGAAAUCAAAGUACAUCCCCAAAGGAAGAACACGAUUUGCCUUCGAAUGGGGUGGAGGAAAGAAGCUGGGUUCAUUGUUUAAUAGAUGAUGCUAUGGGUUACACACCAGUAUCAUCAUCUAAUGCAUCAUCUCCGUCUUCAGUAAAGGGAAAUCUGUUUAAAGUUAAAGACAACACAUUCCGGACGUCACCUGUAAUCAAGUCCGUGAAAGCACCAUUGCAAAAAACAUUUCAAGAGGAUGUUGAGAUGAAUGGCCUUAGUAGAAGUGGAAGCAGUCCUGAGAAAUUUGAAAUUGCAAAGGCCUAUUUUGAAGAGUAUGACAAAGACCGAGUUACAGAGAAAAUCCCUCUUACAGGUGAAGCCCUAGUUACAAGUGAAGGCUCAGUUAAAGGUGAAGCCCCAGUUAGACAUGAAGGCUCAGUUAAAGGUGAAGUCCCUUUUAGAAGCGAAAGCACAGUUAAAGGUGAAGCCCCAGUUAGAAGGGAAGGCUCAGUUAAAGGUGAAGCCCCAGUUAGAAGUGAAGGCUCAGUUAAAGGUGAAGCCCCAGAUAGAAGUGAAGGCUCAGUUAAAGGUGAAGCCCCAGUUAGACAUGAAGGCUCAGUUAAAGGUGAAGUCCCUUUUAGAAGCGAAAGCACAGUUAAAGGUGAAGCCCCAGUUAGAAGGGAAGGCUCAGUUAAAGGUGAAGCCCCAGUUAGAAGUGAAGGCUCAGUUAAAGGUGAAGCCCCAGUUAGAAGUGAAGGCUCAGUUAAAGGUGAAGCCCCAGUUAGAAGUGAAGGCUCAUUUAAAGGUGAAGUCCCUUUUAGAAGCAAAAGCACAGUUAAAAGUGAAGCCCCAGUUAGACGUAAGGGCUCAGUUAAAGGUGAAGCCCCAGUUAGAAGUGAAGGCUCAGUUAAAGGUGAAGUCCCUUUUAGAAGCAAAAGCACAGUUAAAGGUGAAGCCCCAGUUAGACGUAAGGGCUCAGUUAAAGAUGAAGUUGAAUGUUUAAUUCAACUUAAUUCAGUGCGAGUGGAAGAAGAAAGUCAAUUGAUUGUAAACACAAAGUCAGAAGACAUAGAAAGUUGUGCCGCAAGUACCGUACACAUAGACGAAAAGGUUGCAAGAGCUGUCUGUACAAAAGAAGCAGAACAUUCAAAAGAUGUUAGUGAAAGGUCAGAUUCAUUAAGUAAUGUUAGUGAAAAUAAACCAUUAGGCAAACCACCCACUGUUCCCCCGAAAACUGAAAAAGGACUUCGACGUGCCAAGAAGCUUACCAACAGAAGAAAAAAGGCUGAAACAAAGCCAAAAACAGAAAGUACUAGCCAAAUCGAAAAGAAACCUGUCAGAACCGUUUCCAGUGUGCCAUCAUCUCCAACGCAUAUGUCACAGUCACCCAUACCUAUGAAUUCAACACCAGUACCACAGCCUGUGCACCUUGAACCGAAGGAUGUUUCGCCAGUCCCUAAUAUUGUGACAACACCGUUAAUCCAGUCUUUCCCAAUUACCCAAAGAAAGCUGCUACAAGACCCUGAGUCGGGUCAGUACUUUGUUGUAGAUAUGCCUGUCCAAGUGAAAACUAAAACCUUUUUUGAUCCAGAAACUGGAAAAUAUAUUCAGCUAUCCAUUCGAUCAGCGGAAGGCGGAUUAUCACAUGCAUCAUCGUUGGAGGUUUUGAACCCUCCUUAUGUGGUAUAUCCUGGAUUUUUGCCCUUGCCUGUCACAUCUUUACCAGCAUUGAGGUCUUCUUCUGAGAUGUCAGCACCGGCAGCGCUUAUGGAUGAUCAUGGAAUAAAUGACCGUUCAGAGAUCUGGACACAGGAUGCUAUUAACCAGAAGCACAAUGAAGAAAGUCACCCGUACAUCGAGCCUGUGUGUGAUUCUCACAAUCAGCUGACUGAUGGAUCAAUGCACAGUGAAGAGAAAGAAAGUAGCAGCCCCAGGAAUUUGGACAUAAUACCAAUGAGUGAGUUAGAAGAUUUUGCAGUUGAAAGCAUUUUAUAGAUUCAGGGAUAUAUAUAUAUAUAUAUAUAUAUAUAUAUAUAAAUUCCUUAAGUUAAGUCCUUGUUUUGAAACACCCAGCAAAAAUAGAACACGGAUAUGAAAGAACAUAUUAAAUCAAGAUAAUUUUCUGCAUAUUUUACUUUUUUUUAAGAACAAGUUAUGGAAAUAAAAGUAAAUUCUUUCUAUUUUCCCUUUUAGUCUAACUGUAAUCUAUUUAGAAAACUGGGAUUCAUACAACUGUCCAUUAGAAAUUAAUUAAAGGGGAACCCAAACAGAAAAAAAAAAAAAAUCGAAUAAAAAAUAUUGAUAAUUACUCCACGUGGUCCGAAUUUAAAGACGAAAUAAAAUAAAAUAAAAGAAAGAUCCAUUCCAGUCCCAAUUGCUUUUUUUUAAAAACUGGUAUUUUUGCCCCAAGUGAAAAAUCCUGUGACCUUGACCAGUGACGUCAUAGAGUGAACACCUUUAGUGUUGGACAUGGCAGAUGCAAUAGAGCUGGCCCUAUCAUUUCGAGCCGCACUAGAGUUAAAAAGAUGAAACGGAAAAUAGCAGUGAUCAAGACAAUCUCAGUGAUGGUUUAAAUAACACUGACUGGUAAGAGUUUUGCUGGGUACCAUAUCGUUGUAAAAAAAAAAAAAAAGUAAGUUAGGUAAUAAUAAUUAAAAAAAAAAAAAACUCACCUAUUCACAAAUGUUUCAACUAAAUCCGCUAGACGGAGCCAAAAACCACAACAAUGUCCCUGCAGAUUCCCGAAUACAAACAGGAAUAAAGGCCUAAUUCCACUGGUAUGUAUUUUACAUUCCUAAUCUCAGGUGCUCCUGUGGUAACUGCCAACCAAUGGGUAUACAAGGAGAGAGCAUUUGUUGUCAGGAAAUUGACAAAACUCAUUUCGGUCAUUGAAAAAAUUCAAGGUUUAAUCGUUACAUUACCAAUUUUUAAAAUUGGAAAUUGAAAAAAGACACAUCAUAUUUCUAUGAUAUCAAAGGACAGUUUAGUGUGAACAUAGGUAUGAAUGUUUGGGUUCCCCUUUUAAACAUGUGUUCUCUCUCUCUCUCUCUCUCUCUGUAUACGUACAGUGCCCCCACGCUAUAAUGCAGGUCAUGGAGAAACAGAACAUGAGUGUUAUAAUCG